CGGUAUUCCGUAUCCCGAACCCAAGACACGAAACCGCCACACACGCCCGCUCCAGCACAGCGUCUUGCAUGACCUCGGAGCGCCAAUUGGAUGCUGGGCGCGCCGGGUCUGGACACACGGAUGGGACCAUGGCUGCGGCGCGUGCGAUGGGCGCCGCUCCUGGCCGUGCGGCAGCGAGGGGGAGCAGCAGGACGGCGAGGAGGUAGCCUGGGCACCGUGAGGUGGUGCUCGGCUGCGAGGAUACCAACAUCUUCCCUGGGAUGCGCUCUCCCUGCCACCCUGCCGGUACAAACGCGGCAACCAUGGCACCGACACCGGCACCAGCUCCGAGAAUCACGUCUUCUACAACAGCACCGCCCCGCCAGCACCGCCAGCAGCAGUCCGGCUGUCAAGGACAGCCCCGAGCAGCGCCGCGCUGCCGAGCUCGAGAAGCGCAUCGCCGCCAUCCCCAUCGAGCGUUACCGCAACUUCUGCAUUGUCGCCCACAUCGACCACGGAAAGAGCACCCUCAGCGACCGUCUGCUCGAGCACACGGGCACCAUCUCGCCAAGCGACGACAACAAGCAGAUCCUCGACAAACUCGACGUCGAGCGCGAACGCGGCAUCACCGUCAAGGCGCAGACCUGCACCAUGAUCUACCGCCACCCGGCCUCGGGGCUCGACUACCUGCUCCACCUCGUCGACACGCCGGGCCACGUCGACUUCCGCGCCGAGGUGACUCGUUCGUACGCGUCGUGCGGCGGCGCCCUGCUGCUGGUCGACGCCUCGCAGGGCGUGCAGGCCCAGACCGUCGCCAACUUCUACCUCGCCUUCGCCCAGGGCCUGGCCCUCGUGCCCGUGGUCAACAAGAUCGACCUGCCGACGGCCGACGUCGAGCGCGCGCUGGCCCAGCUGGAGAGCAGCUUCGAGCUGGAUACCAGCAUUGCCGUGCGGGUGAGCGCCAAGACGGGGCAGGGCGUUGGGGACAUCCUGCCCGCGGUCAUCGAGCAUGUCCCCGCGCCGGUGGGGGACACGGCGAAGCCGUUGAAGAUGUUGCUGGUCGAUUCGUGGUACGAUACGUUCAGGGGCGUCGUGUUGCUGGUCCGGGUGUUCGACGGCACGGUGAAGGCGGGGGAUAAGCUGGUGAGUUUGGGGACGGGCAACCAGUACACGGUGGGCGAGGUCGGCAUCCAGUAUCCGAACCAGGUGCCGCAGCGGGUGCUGCGCGCGGGGCAGGUCGGGUACGUGUUCUUCAACCCGGGCAUGAAGAGGAUCCAGGACGCCAAGAUGGGCGACACGUUCACGACGGUCGGCGCCGAGGACGCGGUCGAGCCGUACCCGGGCUUCGAGGAGCCCAAGCCGAUGGUGUUCGUGGCGGCGUUCCCGACCGACCAGGGCGACUACAACAAGCUGGCCGACAGCAUCGGGCAGCUGGUGCUCAACGACCGCAGCGUGACGCUGCAGAAGGACUUCUCGGAGGCGCUCGGCGCCGGCUGGCGGCUGGGCUUCCUCGGCAGCCUGCACUGCUCCGUCUUCCAGGACCGGCUGCGCCAGGAGCACGGCGCCGACAUCAUCAUCACGGAGCCCGCCGUGCCGACCAAGAUCGUCUGGUCCGACGGCGGCGGCGAGACCGUCAUCACCAACCCGGCCGAGUUUCCCGACACCGACGACGUGCGCAUGCGCCGCGCCACCGUCUACGAGCCCUUCGUCAGCGCCACCAUCACCCUGCCGGAGGAGUACCUCGGCCGCGUGAUCGAGAUCUGCGAGGCCGCCCGCGGCGAGCAGAAGAGCAUCGAGUACUUCCAGGCCACCCAGGUCAUCCUCAAGUACGACGUGCCCAUGGCCAGCCUGGUCGACGACCUGUUCGGCAAGCUCAAGGGCGCCACCAAGGGCUACGCCACGCUUGACUACGAGGACGCCGGCUGGCGCGAGAGCAGGCUUGUCAAGCUGAACUUGCUCGUCAACAAGAAGCCUGUCGACGCCAUCGCUCGCGUCGUGCACGCCAGCCAGGUCGACCGGCUCGGCAGGCAGUGGGUGACUAAGUUCAAGGAGCACGUCGAGCGGCAGAUGUUUGAAGUCGUCAUCCAGGCCGCCUCCGGCAAGCGCAUCGUCGCGCGCGAGACCAUCAAGCCCUUCCGCAAGGACGUCCUGGCCAAGCUGCACGCCAGCGACAUCACCCGCCGCAGGAAGCUGCUCGAGAAGCAGAAGGCCGGGCGCAAGCGGCUGCGGGCCGUCGGCAAUGUUGUUAUUGAGCAGUCUGCGUUUCAGAAGUUCUUAGCGAAGUGAGAGGGGGGGGGGAUGUAUGACUAUGUAGAACGGUGGGAGUGUAAGUGUAGAUGUGUUUUUGAUGUGUGCAUAGAUGUGUAACGGGCGUUUGGUUGGACUGGGAGACAAUCGAUGGGUUGGACGGGGUGUUUGCGGUCCUGGACAGGGGUGACCCCUUUUUUUGAGCCUCGUUUACCACUCCCUGCUGAAAUGUUUGGAGUUGAACCUGCCCUG